AUGUCUCCAGCCCAUUUCACGGCUUUUGAGAACCUGGUAGUCUCGGUCGACGUGGGAACAACUUCCACUCGUGCAAUCUUUUUCCGCAAAGAUGGAAGCCAUGUCGCCUCACAUCAGAUUGAAUACUCCACUUCUGCUCGUGAGGCUUCGAAACGCAAUUCACCUGAAAUAUUUACGCCGGAGGGCGUGGCCAUCUCCCUGAGUGAUUCGGUCGAAAUCGAGUCUCGCAUCAAUGAACCCACACUAGUCUUCCCCAACCCCGGGUGGGUCGAGUGUGAUCCUAUCCAGGUGCUUGGAAAUGUGAUUCAGUGCCUUGCAGCAUGUCUCGUGCAACUGGCGACUACAGAACAUGAUGUUCAGUUCAAGAUCUCUGCUAUUGGAAUCGCCAACAUGCGUGAGACUACGAUCGUAUGGUCAAAAAGAAGCGGGAGACCUCUGCACAAUGGAAUAGUUUGGAAUGACACUAGAACUUCCAAACUUGUUGCCGAUAUCUACCAGAAUGAGUCUACGGAGCGCAUUGACCGAGUUCGUGAGCUCGGAGGAUGCCCUAUAUCCACCUAUUUCUCUGCCACCAAAUGGCGCUGGCUCUACGAGAAUGUUCCACAUAUCCGGAAGGCAUACGAUCAAGGUGAUGGUGAUCUUAUGUUUGGAACCGUGGAUACCUGGCUCAUAUAUUGCCUGACCGAGGAGUCUAGUUUCGUGACGGAUGUCACGAACGCAUCUCGUACAAGUUUGAUGAAUAUCGAGACCCAUCGGUAUGAUGAUGAGCUGCUGAGCUUCUGGAACAUCGACCGCUCCAAAUUGCAACUUCCAGACAUUAGGCCAAGCUCAUAUGUGUAUGGUCAUUAUCACACCCCAGACUUGCGUGCACUUGGAACUACGCAAUUCCAUCUUUCCAUUGAUGCGCGUGCAGUGCUCCAGAUGCUCCAUGGAGUACCAAUAGCAGGAUGUCUUGGGGACCAAUCAGCUUCCCUAGUUGGACAGUUGGCUGUUAAACAAGGCGAUGCCAAAUGUACUUACGGAACUGGAGCCUUUUUGCUUUACAAUACAGGACCCCGCAUUCUUGCCAGUCAACACGGAGCUUUGACUACAGUGGGAUACUGGUUUCCGCAACUGAAGUCAGAAAAUGAAGAUGGUGACGAAGACUGCAAUAAACCACAGUAUGCUCUCGAAGGAUCUAUUGCAGUUGCAGGCUCGGUGGUGCAAUGGCUUCGCGAUAACCUUAGACUGAUCUCGAACUCAAAAGACGUCGGUCCGUUGGCUUCUCAGGUUUCCAAUUCGGGGGGAGUGGUGUUUGUCCCGGCAUUUUCCGGACUGUAUGCUCCAUAUUGGGACUCUGGCUCUAGGGGGACCAUCCUAGGUUUGACUCAGUACACCUCGGCUGCGCACAUAGCCAGGGCUGCACUGGAGGCCGUUUGCUACCAAGUACGUGCCAUUCUAAAGGCGAUGAUCAGCGAUACCGGAUCGUCUCCGGAGUUUCUGGAUGAUAGAAACCUGUCAGCGGCUGAUAAUCCUCUUUCUUCAUUGCGUGUGGAUGGUGGAAUGUCUAAGUCAAAUGAGAUGAUGCAAAUUCAGGCAGAUAUCUUAGGUCCCUGUGUAACCGUCAUUCGGUCUGCCAACCACGAGUGUACUGCACUUGGAGCAGCCAUAGCGGCUGGACUAUGUUCAGAAGGCGAGGACUCUGAGCCGUUCAUGUGGAACUCACUUAAAGAAGCAGUGCGGAUGGUUAGUGGUGGUGGAGACCUUUCCGCUGAGGAGCCAUCUGACAACACGUUCCAUGCCGAGCUCUCUGACGCGAAACGCAGGCGUAUGUGGAAACUGUGGGAGAGAGGCGUAGAGAGGUCACGUGGUUGGGAGAUCAACGACGAUGACUAUGACAGAGAUGAAGAGAUGGAGGACUAG